AUGCCAACACUCGCCAAAGCACCUCUGCCAUUAGAACAACUAACUCAACUUCAACGACGGAUGGCACACCUGUUAAACUCUGUAACCGAAUUACAAGAUCACGUAAUGAAUGCGCAAACGCUGGAUGAAUGGCCGUCACUAUUGAGUAGACACCUGACAAUCGUUUCACAAACUCAUUCAUUAAGUCAAUUCAUCUCUUUGGCAAAUCCGAAUAAUUUGAACGCUCAAUUGGCAAAACGUGAUGAAAUUUUAAUGGAAGAUGCGAUGCAAAAUAAUAAAUUCUCACAAGACGAUGGUGAUAGACAGGGAGAUGGUGGAGUAGGGAUAAGUGGCUCGAACGCAAGUCAUGAUGCCUUAUAUGGAGGCAAGCCUGGUGCCGAAAAAAGCAGUGAGGCAGAGGAUGGACCUAGACUGCCCAAGCUGACAUACAGUGAAGGAGAAAAUAAUCCGCUCAGGAAAGCAGCCCCACAUCCCUUUUACCCUUUGGAUGCCGAGAAAGCACAAACUGUCAUCCCAUCUUUAUUGCUACCUAGAGGACUAGAUGGAAAGGUGACAGAAGAUGCGGACCGAAGAUGGCAAGAAUGGCUAAAGACGUAUGCAGGCAUUCAAGAUCCUUUACCGAAUAGUAAAGAGAUGGUUUCGAUUGAUAUGGAAACAAAACGAGCUUGGAUAGAACAAAUGCAUAAUCAAAUACGAGAAUUUGACACUUUUGCUUCCAAAGCCACACGUUCUUACAUACAUGCAAGAGAAGCUACAGAUGAAUUGGGUCAACGAUAUGAUUGGAAGAUGCGAUUGGCGCCUGAUGAAGAUAGCGAUCAGGAGGAUGUUGAGGGAGAAGAAGAGGACAUAAAGAUGGACGAAGACACCAAUGAAGCGGAGGAUCGAAAGCGUAAGCGGGAAGAUGAAGAUGUGCAGAGCGGUAAAGAGGUCUCUCUAAAAAGCGUUCAGCAAUUCCUCAAAUCCGGACAAGUUUAA